GAGGGUGGCUGAGGGGAAGAGGAGCCUGAGAGGUGUCUCGGGGGCUUCAGCUUUACCCAGGCUUGUGGACUGGACCUCAAGCUGACAAGCAAGAGAGAUUCCAGCAUUAGAGAGACAGGGAAUGAACUGCAGAGGGGCUCAACGCUUGCAGGGAAGGAUGGCAGGAGGGGGACCUGCAAGUCAGCAGCUGGUCAGUCCGUGCUGAACAAGCCCCAGAGCUGUGCACGACCUGGGCACCCCCUCCUCUAGCACAUAAAUAAAGCUUAGUGGUGAAGCUUCCCUUCUAAAACGUCUUUUUACCUGUUUUUACAAGAAUUUCCUUACAGCGUACAGCAGCAGGCAGCAAACUUUUGGUCUCUGGGAAAGCUUUGGUGAUAUGCAAGUAUAUACCUGUUCCAGCAACAAUCUGUGUUUUUAGAGCCAAGAAGGAACCAGAUCCUAUCCUGAGCUGAGGGACCUCAUGCACAAAACCACCGAAGAGAAUAAACCUGUUGUGGGGUAAUGCCUUCAGCCUCGCACGGCGCAAACGCCCAGCAAAGGACUUAAUUACUACGUACAAAGGCGCUUCGGUCAGGGCUGCGCGUUCGGCUCCUCCGCGUGUCAGCGAGCAGCUAUGCGGCAGAACAGGAUGUCGGAUUAAGGAGUCUCCAGCGAAACCCGUGCUGAGGACAUCAGAGGACACCAGCCAAGCCGGGAACCCAGAAAAGCAAAGAAGUCCUGGGAUAGGCACAGCCGGGACAAGGAUUCGGGCAGCGUGGAACGACAGACGUCCUGCCAGGAUCUUGCCCCCACACCAGACACUGCAGCAGCCUGUGAUAUGCCUAGGAAGGAGCUGGGGAUGGCUGGCUGCAACUCUGGCAGCUGUGACAGCAUGGUCAGCACAGCCUCCAACCACUCCCAGCGUAGCGAUAACAGUUAUGACUAUUUAUCUGUGGAAGAGAAAGAAUGUUUGAUGUUCUUAGAAGAAACUAUUGGCUCACUGGAUGCAGAAGCAGACAGCGGAGUCUCUACUGAUGAGACCGACUAUGUGGAGCCCUCCAAGCUGCCCAGGACAUGGCCCAAGAGAGACGCUGUUCCUCGGGAUUUGGAAAAUGGGGCUCCCCCUCUGAGUGCAGGUCAGCAGAUUGGAGCUGAACAGAAGAGUGGUAAGAGCACCUCUGCUUUCUCAAGCUCAGCUCCAGCAGCGGUUCCAAGCCCAGACUAUUACAGUCUUCCAAGGAGCAUUACUGUAGCAAAUGCACAAAGAGCAAACGGAGCUUCUGAUGGCAAAGCGACUGUCCACACAGUGGAAGAGCCAGUGCCAGCAGGUAAAUCUUCAAAGGAGAUGACCAAGGAGGACAGGCUUGACCAAGCCAAUGCGAGAAGCCAGCUGAAGUCCCUGGAAUCUUUGAUUAUCCAGCCUCCAGAUCGCUUCCAGGAUGAUCUGGUGAACCAUGAGUGGUCACGCAGCAAUCACUCAGAUGCCAAGAGGGAAACAGCCAAGGAGACCAAGACUUGGACUUCGUGGGGCCAGCCAGAGAAAUCCACAUUGGAAGAGGCCCCUCAGGACCCCGAUGCCAAGCGUGGGCCUCCAACUGCCCCCAAACCGCGAAAGUUGCCACCAAAUAUUAUCCUGAAAACCAGCAAAAAUAGCCCAGUGCCGCUCACUGCAGAACCCAGCCAGAAGAUAAAAGCACCGCCUCCAUCCUCGGCCAGCUCCCAGCCCGGCUCUGCCAGUGACACCGCUGCCGAAAAGGUGAACUCGGGGCACCUCGACCCCAAAGAGAGGGAGAAAGCCCGGCGGGAGGCAUUGGAGAAGCUUGGACUGUCACAAGACAGGAGGGAGCCCAGCGGCCACCUUCAACCUGCCACGCAUCCCCAACCAAGGGAGAUGCCAUCGCCCGCCCCCGGGGAGCCUGAGGCACGCUGCGGGGCGGCGGAGGGGUCGGUGCCGGGUGGCCGGCAGAUGACUUUCAAAUCCAACACCCUGGAGCGCUCCGGCGUGGGGCUGAGCAGCUACAUGGCCAGCACCAAGGAGCAGAGCGUCAAGACCAGCAGCUCCUUGGGCAAGAUGUCCUUCAUCGAGCGGCUGGCCCCGAGCUUCCUCAGGAGCAGCCGCCCCCGGCCAGCGUCCCUCGGGGCAGGGAAGGACUUUGCAGGUCUGAAAGAGCUCGGGCAGGUGGAGCAGGAGAAGAGCAGCAAGCGGCGAUCCCACCCACUGCAGAGCUUCCCCAGGCCACCCCGUUCCUGCGUCAGUGUGAAGAUUUCACCCAAGGGCACGACCGAUGAGAACCGGCGAGAGGCACUGAAGAAGCUCGGCUUGCUGAAGGAAUAGCUCUGUGGGCAGUGGGGCUGCUGGAAAAGGGGCUUCUCACCCCCGAUCCAGAUGCCUCCGCUGCCUGUCCUCAGGCAGCGCAACCAUAAGCAUCUUCUGCUGCAAUCUCCUGCCCCAGCAUCUCGUGAGGGGUAGUGCAAGAGGCAUUUGGAGCUUCACAGCAAAGAAGUAACACCACGUGUACAUAAUAUUUUGUAUAUAGCAAGUGUAUAUGAGCUAUUUAUAUAAAGCACCACUCAGCAUGUGGAUGGGGCAUGUUCUCCUACAAGGUCUUUAAUGCAUUUAGGGAUUCAUCAAAACAGGGAAGUCAUGGAAUCGGGGGGUUGGCUUAUUUUAAAAGGGGUUGCCCAUGGAUAAAGCAUCUCUGGGAAGAACUGCAGGACUCUGCUGCCCCUUUAGGAUUUUAUGGUUUUUGUUAACUUGAUCAAAGUCUGAGGCCUGAGCACUCACCCACCCCCUGCAAGUGCCUCCCCAAAGCCACCACUGCCACAUACAAAACUGUCAGACCAAGAGGCACUGGGGGGGCUCGGGGCGCUCCCCCCCGUGCACGAGUGCUCCUCGUGCAGCGCCUGCACGGACGUGCCGCCGCCUCCCCGCUGCUCUGCUCUCGCAGCCACCCUGACAACCUGGAGGUAGCGCUCCGAAGACGCACAAACAUCCGCCUUCAUCAUGAAGCGACCGUUAAGAAGUGGCAGCCCAUGGGUUGGUGGCAGAACCAAAAGUGCUGCCCAAAACGAGGGAUGCAAGUCUGAGACUACGCCAUUUCAUUCCCUUUCGAGCUCUCCUCACAUCCUUCAGACCCAGCUGAUGCUGUUAACAUUUAUGCUGCACACCUUUUCAGGAAGGUGGCUUAUUUCUGUAAUAAACUUGUAAACGAUCA